AUGGCUCCGGCUGCUCGUUACCGUCAGCGAGAAGCAAAGCCCCCUCCCGGCUGCUUUCCCCGCCUCAGGACGUGUGCGCUGGGAGACUCACUCCCGUCAGUCAACUCAGUCCGUCGCCGUCGCCGCCGCCGCCGUCUUGUCCUCUCCACAGGCGAACGCUUCAUUGACAUUCGCGGUGGAAGCCGGGAUGCUGGAGGACUCCGGGCGGCCCCGGGAAUGGGAGCGGAGAGGAGAGGAUGCGGCCCAGGAUCCUGGCACAACAACAGAGGUAUUGACUCAACGCAACACAGGGAAAAAUCCGCUUGUCCUGCGCAGUGGAGGGGGACUCUGAGUAAGAUGACCAAAAAUCACAGCCGACCCGGCUCCGGGCUCACUCAGCUGCUCCCGUCCCCAGCGCCCGUCGCGCUCACAGCCUCGCCAGCGAACACAGCCCGCCGAACACAGCCCGCACCAACCCACGGAAAACAGCCCAUACUCCGCUAUUUCACCUUUAUUCUCAGCGGCUUCUGGACGGCGGCUUCUGGAUGUGCUCACGGACUCGGCCCCGCCUCCGGGGAUUUAUUCUCCAGUGGGUGCCGGAAGGGGCGUUACCUUCAUGGUGACUGACAGGCGAGAAGACCAAUAUGCUGAUCUCAUGAUUUUUUAAACCUUCAUAACUUUUAUAAUCUUCCACCGAUCCGAACAAAACCUGGUGGCUUGGAGCAGAGGAGAACGAUGCUGCCUAACAUGUCGAGUAUCCCCAUCAUUUUCUGCUUUUGGAACAGAUUUCCAGUAAAACUGCAGGUUCUUUUGCUUUUCAAAAUGGAGUGAAUUUCAACAAAGUCUAAUCUCCCUGCAACUGUCUGUCUGUUUCCACUCGUUUUCUUUUCAAGUCGCCUGAUUGGACUGCUUUUAGUUGCUGCCUGUUACAUUCAGUCACAUGAGAGGAAGUGGGAUUCACCUCACUCUGAUAAAUGUUCAGUAAUGAAUUUCAGUUUCCAUAUCUGAAUAUUAUAAAACCUAUCUCCAAGCAGGCAAACAAAAACAUUAUUUUUAUUUCUGCCGCAAAAAUGCUUUUGUAACCAUGAAAGGAUUAAAGGACAUCAUAUCCCUGAUUGGAUCCUUUGAAUAACAUGCCUAAUCCAAUAAUCUAUUCACAUUUACAACCCAUGGUCACUAUCCUAGGUAAUCCAGAUCUUAAAAAUACAUUUCCGUCAGCAUUCCGGUGGUUAUUACAGAAAGCAUGACAUCCGAGUUGGAACAAUGAGCAUCCUUGAGGAAGUCAAACAAGAGGACAUGACUUGAGAAUUAAGGGACAGAAGUUUAGGGGUAACAUGAGGGGGAACUUCUUUACUCAGAGUGAUAGCUGUGUGCAAUGAGCUUCCAGUUAAAGUGGUGGAGGCAGGUUCGAUUUUAUCAUUUAAAAAUAAAUUGGAUAGGUAUAUGGACGGGAAAGGAAUGGAGGGUUAUGGUCUGAGUGCAGGUAGAUGGGACUAGGGGAAAAUAUGUUUUCGGCAUGGACUUGAAGGGCCGAGAUGGCCCGUUUCCGUGCUGUAAUUGUUAUAUGGUUAUAAGUGUAACAGGAAUGCCUGGAUGAUAAGAUAGAAGGGUAUGGGCUAAAUGCUGGCAAAUAGGACCAGCUUAGAUGGAGCAUUUUGGCCAGCGUGGAAGGGUUGGGCUGAAGUGCCUGUUUCCUCAACAUUAGCCACCAUUAGCCACAUAUGCUUAGGUUGAAGAGCCCUUUUCCAUGCUGCAUCUAUAAGCGAAACUUGAGGUGAAGGAAGCUUCCAGGCCAGAGUUAUUUUGUAACUUGGCACAUCGAGCAUGGUCAUAGGCAUAUUUGUAUACACAUCAAUAAUUGGAGUCAUCAAGAGAGUCAGCUCUCACAACACUAAUUUUGAGUGUUUGGGUUCCCUGUCCUCAGAAGCCUUUAGACCACACAUAUUAAUUACUUUGACCCAACAAAGAUAUUUGAACAUUCAGAGGUGUCUUGUCUGCUGCAGUGUGCUGACAUUGUAAAUGGGUAAAUGAAACCUUUUAUCAGACUCAAAGUAUCAACCUAAUCAAUGUUGUAGCUAUUGAAAUUGUAUCGAAUCACCUGCUGUUAUUUUUGAUCUCAGUAUAAAAUGUGAUGCACUUUGAGUUUGAGAGUUUCUAUUAAUCGGUUCUGCAAAAGUGUAUCUAUUUCUCUUAAUGAAUAAAGACUUUUCUAUCAAGUAGCUUCAGCAUCCGAGUGACUUGGUUCCAUUGCAUGAGAGACCAUGGCAUACACAUUGUACGUAUUCCGUUCAGUUUCAAACUGGGCAAUCGUUUCGCAGAACGCCUUUGCGCAGCCCGUUGAACCAACCUGAUCUCCCAGUUACUGGACACUUUCAUUCUUCUUCCCACUCCUACACAGACCUGUCUGUCCUCGGUCUCCUCCAUUGUCAGAGUGAGGCUAAACGCAAAUUGGAGAAACAGCAUCUCAUAUUUUGCUUGGGCAGCUUACAGCCCAGUGGUAUGAUUAUAGAAACAUAGAAAAUAGGUGCAGGAGGAGGCCAUUCGGCCCUUCAUUGUGAUCAUGGCUGAUCGUCCCCAAUCAAUAACCCGUGCCUGCCUUCUCCCCAUACCCCUUGAUUCCACUAGCCCCUAGAGCUCUUAAAGUUUUAUUCCCCAAAAUGUUGCAUUUGACAUGCUUAGCUCAAGGACUUCAUAGAAUUGUCAAGCACAUACAUAGCUUGUUUCCAAAUGUCGAUCGCCUAGUUUCCAAUGUCAAGAAAAUCUUCCUCAAUGCACCG